AUGGCGACUAUUCUGAUGAGCCAAGUGUCCAUCAUUUUUUUGCUCUGCAUUUCUGACCUGGUUUCCGAACAACUUCGCUACUCGAUUCCCGAGGAAGUGGAGCGUGGAACAUAUGUUGGCAACGUCGCUGAAGAUCUAGGAUUAAAGGUUUGGGAAUUAUCGAGUCGCAAAUUUCUUCUGAUUUCUGAUUACUCGAAGAAAUACAUGGAGGUAAACGUAGGAAAUGGUUUCCUCUUUGUUAAUGAAGGAAUCGACAGAGAACAGCUUUGCAGCAAAACCGCAGCCUGUUCUCUCUCUUUCCAAAUCACGCUCGAUUAUCCUUUGGAAAUGUAUCCCGUUGAAGUGGAGAUACUAGACGUAAAUGAUAAUUCACCCGUCUUUUCGAGGAAGGAAUUCUAUUUGCAAAUCAAUGAGUUAAAUGCGCCGGGCGCUCGCCUCCCUCUCGAGAGCGCGCGUGAUCUGGACGUGGGUACAAACACAAUCAACACAUACCAGAUCAAUCCGAACGAGCACUUUGAUAUUAAAGUGCAGACAAGAAGAGGAGGCAAUAAACGUGCCGAACUGGUAUUAAAGAGAUCUUUGGACCGAGAACAACAAUCAAUAUUUACUCUGGUAUUGACGGCCAUAGAUGGUGGGAUUCCGCAGAGAUCUGGCACAGCGCGGAUCAUCAUUAAUGUCAUGGACGCAAAUGAUAACGCCCCCGUAUUCGAUCAUGAGACCUAUAGGACGUCAACGGUAGAAAACACUGUGAAUGGCACUUUGGUGAUAAGAGUUCAUGCUACUGAUAUUGAUGAAGGGACAAACGCGGAGGUAACAUAUUCUUUCACGCAUGACGUUUCCCAGAAUAUUCGUGAUUUGUUCAAAUUGGAUCCUGUAUCUGGAGAAAUCAGAGUUCGAGGUGUACUAGAUUUUGAAGAAACAAAUGUUUAUGAGUUUGACGUCCAAGCAAUGAACUCCGCUCCACCUGAAUUGUCAACUCUUGCAAAUGUUGUCAUCGAUGUUGUUGACACUAACGAUAAUCGUCCUGUUUUGCAAGUUACGAUGGUGUCCGGUGCUGUGCGGGAAGAUUCUUCUUCGGGAAUUAGUAUAGCACUGAUCAGCAUCACGGAUCGCGAUUCUGGCGAAUAUGGGGACGUUUAUUGUGAGAUCCCAGAGAAUAUUCCCUUCAAGAUUGAAAAAUCUUUGAAGGGCAACUACAAGUUGAUUACCAAUGGAUUUCUGGAUCAUGAGAUUUCCCCACUGUACAACAUCUCCAUUUCAGCCUGGGACGGUGGAUAUCCUCCUCUUUCAGCGAGUACAUUAAUUGUGGUUUCAGUAAUUGAUGUCAAUGAUAAUUCACCAAGUUUUACGCAGUCGUCAUAUAACGUGUAUCUGACGGAGAAUAAUGCUCCCGGUGCAUCUAUAUUUGCAGUUCGUGCAAAUGAUGCUGAUUUGAAUCAAAAUGCGGAAAUCUCUUAUUCCAUUCUCGACAAUCGACAGCAAGAAGAAAUGCCCUCCUCUGCGUACUUUGCGAUGAACUCCAAAAAUGGGAACAUUUACGCCUUGCGCUCCUUCGACUACGAGCAACAAAAACAUUUCCAGGUGAAAGUUCAAGCUCAGGAUAGUGGGUCGCCUCCAUUGACCAGCACUACCUUCGUGAAUGUUAUUAUUUUGGAUCAAAAUGACAAUGCACCCAUUAUUCUUUCACCUUUAACAUGGAACAGCUCAGCAACAGUGGAGGUAAUACCCCAUUCAACAUAUCCAGGAUAUCUGGUCACCAAGGUAAUUGCCACGGAUGAAGACUCUGGUCAGAACGCAAGGCUUUCCUACGAGUUAUUGGAAACCACUGAUCCUAGUCUUUUUACUGUUGGACAUCUCUCUGGAGAAAUUAGAGCAACGCGAGCAUUUAGUGAUCAAGAUAUCAUUGACGUGCGCGUGGUCCUCUGCGUGAAGGACAAUGGACAGCCGAGCCUUUCUAGCAGCGCCACAAUAUCCUUUAUCGUAAUGUCCAAUGUUACUGAGAAAUCAUUUGGACAACGUGAUGAACCCAGAUACUCGGAAUAUUUUUCAGGUAUAAAUAGUUAUCUAAUCAUAAUUUUCGGAUCCACUUCCUUUUUGUUUCUCAUAAUAAUAUUAUUUUUGCUCACCCUGAAGUGCAGACAAGAUAGAGAUACUGCUGAAAUUUAUAACUCUGCAGUCUGUUGUUGUAAUGGGAGAAAUUCGACUGAUGGCUUUAAUCGGACACCAACAGGAAGGGAUCCUUUGAAUUAUAGCGGGGCAGUUCAGGCCGGAAGUUAUCAUUACAGUGUGUGCUUGUCACCGGAAUCAUCGAAGAGUGACUUUCUGUUUUUAAAACCUUGUCAUUCUACGUUGCCUUUCAACGAUCGGAGAGUUCGUGACAGCAACGCAAGAAACUAACUUCGACAACAAUAUAUUCUUUCUGUGGCAGCUUGUAUUUCUCUUCUCUUUGAAAACCGGAGGGCAGCUUCAUACCAACGCAUUGCAGGGAAGAAGACAUUAAUUUUGGACUUGAGAGUGCUCUGUGAAACAGUGAUCAGAGAAGAAGAUGUUAUUUUUUGCAAUCAUACGCGUUAAGGUGUAACUGUGGUUAAUUUCACAGAAUUCUUACCAGAUUAUCCCUCCAACGUCUUUCCAUAGUGCGCAAUACGCUCGAUGCUCUGCAUGGCUUGUUUAUCUUUUGAUGAGGGCUCAUGUGUUGGCCUUUCCUCCCCCACACAGCAUAUCUGGCGAUAGUUCACAAUUAAUCACUUUCGAAUCUCGGAGGAAUAUUUCAGCUAGCCUCGAAUUUAGAAAAUUUAAAUCAUAAUCCAAAGCUUCUAAACAUAAAAUGCAAGCUGCAUGUCGCGGUCGUUCAAAUGGCGAGAUAUACUGUUCGUGAUGCCCAGCUCUGGAAAACAAAAAUACUUAGCAUGCGUUAAAAAGGAAAUCCUAUUUUUGAUCUCAUGUAUAUUAAACCGUUCCUAUGACACUAUUUCAAAGAAUACUAGAGUGUCCUUGUCACUAUUCAUCCCGAAAUCUGUAAAACGCUGAUUAACUUUCUCUUGCCUCGUAGCUGUUUGUGACAUGGUAGAAUCAUAGAACCGGGUAUUACAGAAGAGGCCAUUCAGCCAUCGAGUCUAUCCAGCCAAAAAAUAAAUACUCGCUCCACUUUCCAGUAAUAGGCCUGAACUUUGAAUGUUACGAUACUUCAAGUGUUCAUCGAAGUAGUUUUCAAUGUUGUGAGAUUACCGUCGAAAGUUAACCUCGCAAGCAAUUGAUGUCAAAAUUCGUCACACCACCAUGUUAUUUUCAUUUGAAUGGUUCGGCCUGAGUCGAAAAGCUCUUUUACGGACUCUGAAUCAGAGAAAUGUAUUGUGAAAUCACAAUUUCUUCUCUGCUUUAACUAUUGUUUGAUGUUAUCAAGUGGUUAAUGCUUUGGACGUUAUUAGUAUU